AUGGCCAGCGCGCUGAAUUCGAUUAUGACGUCUCGGCUGAGUCGUUUCAGAUUUUCUGCCCCACAUCUGUGUAUAAUUGCAGGGGCAUCCCUCGGUGGCCUGCUCCUGCUGCGUCAUGUGUCAAGCUCUGUGAGGACCGACAGAGUCAAAACCAUCUUAUCGCCGAGAGAAACUGUACUACCAAAGCUUUCGACGAAAGAGAUCGAAGCACUGGCCUAUCCUCUCGAUGCUUUGCCUGGCGCACGAGAUGUGGACUCCCCGUUUGGCAGCACGAGAGUUUAUGAGUGGGGUCCUGAGGAUGGAGAGAAGAUACUCCUUAUUCAUGGCAUAUCCACGCCAAGCAUUGCCUUGGCUGACCUGGCUUACCUCUUCUCCCGCGGCUACUCCUCCGGACCGUCACCUCGCACACACCGCUACGACUCCAGCCUCUACACCUCCCAGAUCCACAUCUGCCUCCUCUCCUCACCCGUCCACUGGUCCACAUUUACCCUGAUCGGCUACUCCCUUGGCGGCGCCCUUGCCGCAGACUUCACAUCCUACUUCCCGCACCUAAUCAAGAGUCUAGUCCUCAUCGCGCCCGGCGGCCUAAUCCGCAGAAGCCACACGACUUGGAAGUCGCGGCUCUUGUACUCGACAUCCGGCCUACUGCCUGAAUCAUGGAUAGAGCAUCUGGUUGCGAAGAGAUUGUACACGGGGCCAGAGGAGGCGAGGAGUAUUGAGCCGGAACCAAACACUGUUGACAAUGCCGAGAUGAAGAGGGCGAGUCGCGGAGAUGCGGUUUAUGCUUCAUCGCAUCAUGCGCUUCUCCCUGCUUGUCCACACAGCACUGUUGGGGCCGUGGUUGAUUGGCAGAUUGCACAUCACGAGGGCUUUGUGCCGGCUUUCAUCAGCUCGAUUCGGUAUGCGCCUGUGCAUGGCGAGCAUGAGCGGUGGAGGGCCUUGGGGAGGAAUAUAGACGAUGGUGUUGGUGAGCUGAAGAAGGUGCAUGUGGUACUAGGUGAGACAGACCCUAUCAUCGUCAAGGAGGAGUUGAUGGAGGAUGCGAGGGAGUGUGUAGGAGAGGACAAUGUGGAGUUUAAGAUCGUGCACGGCGCAGGACAUGAAGUUGCUGUCGAGAGGGCGGACGAGAUCUUGACGGUUGUUGGGAGGGCCCUUGAGAAGUGGUGA